UCAGCAGGUUUUGGUUUGGUUAGGACUAAAGAAAUCCAUCACUGGAGCUUGAAAGCUUCCUGAUAACGGCUACGUUGCAACCACCACCACCUCUACCACCGUGCCUCAGUCCUUAGUCGCCGUCACCCCGUCCAUUUCUCCCUCCAAAUGUCCCAAUCGCUGCUCACCAUUUCGCCCAAGUUUCUGCUCAUCUCCUGCGCUUCACCAACCAAAAUAUCAUCCCCAUUUCUCAUUCAAAUUCGUUUCUUGCAAAGCCGGAAGCUUUGCCGCGAUCCACCAUCCGUUUCGCCAUUUCUUGGCCCGUAAGGGAGCGACACUCCUCAUCCAUAGCUUGCUAGUCUUGCUGAUGCCCACUCCUACUCGGUUUCUGUUGUCCUCCCUUUACUUCUUUGCCAGCGCCUUAGGUGGCGCGUCUCGUCGUACUUAGCUCCCAAGAGACCAUCUCCGUCUCGUUCCUUUAUCCUUGGUCCUUCCUCGGCUGCACGCCUGCACUGUACUGCACCUCCGUGCCCUGUACUCUCUAAUCCUUGUCUUCCUGUCGAUCCAUGGUUCAGCUUCUCCGUAAGCGGCGGCGCACCGUGGCUUCUCGAUCGGUUCAGUGGUAGCCAUUCUUCCAGUUCCAGGACAUGUGCUUUUUCUCAUAAAGUGCAGUGCCCUGUGCGUGCCUUGGGCUCGAGCAAGGAAUAUUUCUCAGUUGUUGAUCACGGGAAGGUAUCUUAGAGAAGAACUGAUGCAUCAGCAAGUUUCAGCGUGAGGAUCUUUUCGCGACAAACCGUGAUAGCUUGGGACGGUAAUUUCAUUGGCCUUGAGUGGAAAUGGAAAAAGGAGGGUUCAAGAUAUUCAACAUAGUUUCAUCUUGGAACAAAAGGAGGAGAAGCAGAUCACUUGAUCAGCUAAAUCCCUGGGUGUACAAGCCAGCUGAGCUAUGGCAGGUGAAGGAGCAGGUCCCGCCGCCGAAGAAGCGCAACUGCACGAUGGUGUUCACUCUCAAGGAGAUGGAGGAGGCGACCAACAUGUUCAGCGACAGGAACCUCAUCGGCAAGGGCGGCUUCGGCCGGGUUUACAGGGGCGUGAUGAAAGAUGGGCAGAUUGCUGCCAUCAAGAAGAUGGACCUGCCUACUUACAGGCACGCCGAUGGCGAGCGCGAGUUCCGGGUGGAGAUCGACAUCCUGAGCAGACUAGACCACCCGAAUCUGGUCACGCUGAUCGGCUACUGCGCCGACGGGAAGCACCGGUUUGUAGUCUACGAGUUCAUGCCCAAAGGCAACCUUCAAGACAUCCUCAAUGGUAUUGGGGAGGUGAGGAUGGACUGGCGGCUGCGGCUGAGGAUCGCGCUCGGCGCGGCGAGGGCGCUGGCCUACCUGCACUCCAGCACGGCCGUCGGCGUUCCCGUCGUCCACAGGGACUUCAAGUCCAGCAACAUCCUCCUGACGGAGCACUUCGAGGCAAAGAUCUCGGAUUUUGGACUCGCCAAGCUGAUGCCGCAGGACCUGGACCUGCACACGACCACCAGGGUGCUGGGUACGUUCGGCUACUUCGACCCUGAAUACGCACUGACAGGGAAGCUGACGCUGCAGAGCGACGUGUACGCCUUCGGCGUCGUCCUCCUGGAGCUGCUCACCGGCCGCCGCGCCAUCGACCUGAGCCAGGGGCCCCAGGACCAGAACCUCAUCGUCAGGAUCCACCAGGUGGUGGGCGACCGGAAGAAGCUGCGCAAGGUGGUGGACCGGGACAUGGCCAAGGGGUCGUACACGGUGGAGUCGGUGUCCAUGUUCGCCGCGCUCGCCGCGCGGUGCGUCUGCCUCGAGAGCGCCGGCCGGCCGUCCAUGCAGGACUGCGUCAAGGAGCUCCAGUUCAUCAUGUACGCCAACAUGAAGAUCUGACGACUCGGAUUCGGAGGGAGCCAUGCAUGGGUUUUGAGAUGAAUCGAUGAAUUGCAAUUGGACAAAAAUCUUGGGGUUUUACUCCAAGAUUCAAAGCGGAAGAUAUCAUAAUACUUGUACAGAAAGUUAGUAACUUCUCAUUACCAUAGGAAUGCUCUUUGAUCUACAAAGAGCAAGGUUUUUUUUAAAAAAAAAAUUGGGGCGCUAGAACUGCUCAAAGCCUUGAAGAAGAGGUGGCCUUGUGAUGUUUUUUUAAAAUUUUGUGGCGCUAGAACUGCUCAAAGCCUUGAAGAAGAGGUGGCCUUAUGAUGUUCAGAUUUCUGAGAAAUUCGGCGUGUCGUCCAUAAUCGAUGGCACUGCUCUCCGGAUUCUCAAUUUGCUUUCAGAUGACCCGGCACAAUUGUAAUUCGAGGUUACCCGUGUCAGUAUGAAACAAUAAGGGACCUAUUUGGGACCACAAAAUUCUAUGAGAUUUCA